AUGUAUAGCUCUAUUCCUGAAGGUCCUUUCUUUAUUGUUUCCAAGUUAAACGGACGCGUUCUUGACGUCGCUGGUGGCUCCAUUGAAAACGGUGGCAAGAUCAUCGUCUGGUCAAAGAAGAACUCUGACAACGAAAAUCAACUCUGGGUCUACCGUCACGGUUACUUUGCUAAUGUCAAGAGUGGCAAGGUUCUUGAUGUUAAGGGUAACAAGAUUGAACACAACGCUCAUAUUAUUCAAUAUGAUGCAAAGGAAGCCUCUGAAAACAGCCAAAACCAAUCCUGGCAUCUUGACCCCAAUGGCUAUAUCCAUACUGCUGCUAACCCCAACUUAGUCUUGGACAUCAAGGGUGGCGAAGACAAGGAUGGUGCUGAAGUCAUCUUGUAUGAAAAGAAGCAAGGCUCUGUUGCUACUAACCAACAAUGGCAAAUUAUUCCCGCCUAA